CAGCGCUGGCGACAUUCGUUGCAGAACUCCGCACAAGUACAUGCUUGGACGAGUUAUAACCGGUCACGCCACUCACUAAUUCGUCCAGUAUGAGCGGUAUUGAUGGUUCUGACAUGCACGACGCCACGCGAUGCGAUCAAGAAACCGAUGAAACUGCUGAAGUGGUUAUUCUUACAAAGAACACAUCGGAGAUGAAAUGUAUGGUGUUCUAAACCUCCCUCUCUAUUUCCCCUCUCUCCCAAGUUAACACGUCCUCCGGACCAACGAUUCAACAAACCGAAGCGCCGUCUCUGGCUAGACGAUGCAUGGGCCGCGCUUGCCAUGGUAUUCGACAUCAUUCUUGCGGUAGUAGGCUGGUUGUAUCUGUACGACCACGCUCGAUUUCCUCAAGAUACAAGGGUGGCGUUGUAUUAUCUAGCCGACCAGUCCUUCUAUGCAGUCAUUUGGUUGUCCAGGACCUCAAUUUUGUUUACGGUCGUGCGACUAACCUUCCCUGACUCGCUAAGGAGAUGGCUAAUACGCACGGCCAUUGCAUUUGCGGUUACAUGGAUGAUCCUUGGCGCUCAAAUCUUUUGGACCUGUGAAACAGCAGCUGGUUGGAAAAUGCAACCCCUCCCUCGCUGCGAUAUGGGCAAGAACGUUGCUAUUGCGCAGAUAAUUGCCGACGUGCUCGGUGAUACGAUCUUGAUACUAGCACCGCUCCGUCUGAUUUACAGAGUCAGACUUACCAAGGCUCAAAAGAUCCGACUUAUGUCUGCGUUUUCGACGUCCGCCGUUACCACUGUUGUCAGCCUCGUCCACGCAUAUUACAUGCUUACUGAUGGUGGGCUAAAACAAACCAUGGCUGGUAUAGUUGAGGUAUCAGUUAGCUUGAUCGUGGCGAACUUGAGCGUAGUUGUCGCUUUCCUCUUCCGCAUCAGCUCUGAAGAAACCGCAUCCCCUGCUCCGCUAGAGCUCAAGUCCACAAUCACUUUCGGUUCACGGCCGAUCCGGAAAAGAACACCAUUCGAUCCUCUCUCAGAGUCAACGAUAGUAGUUGCGAUUGAGCCCACAACAAUAAAACCGGAUGAUUUCAACACCUCUCCCAAGCAAGCGGCUGGAAAUGACGGAAAUGACGCCAGAACCGUAUCCCUUGAAACAAUUGCUAAGCCAGGUCCGUUCUAUGACGUUUGAUGUGUUUUAUAUACUGCCAUCUGUAUUCUUCCCGUGGUUCUCUUUCCAGUUACUGCUUGAAUGAUAUUUCUGGUCCUAAGUGACCACACCCCUCGGAUGGACCUGACAUA